AUGAAAACAAUGCUGCUGCAGCGGCUUUCAACGCUAUUGUGCCUAGCUGGCCUUACGGCCGUGCCGGCGGUCAAUGCGUAUGAAGGCGAUGAGAGCGUCAAGAGUAUUCCUCUGCGAACUCACAGUCUCUCUCCCCCAUACUUGGAUUCAGACUUCCAAAGCCGCUGGUUCGAUUUUGGUGGUGAUACAGUGAUUCGCGCCGACAAAUACAUCCGCCUCACCUCGGAUCGACCAUCGCAGCAAGGAUGGAUUUUCUCCCGAGUCCCUCUAACCGCGACAAACUGGGAGAUUGAGUUCGAAUUCCAGAUCCAUGGAGAGGGGAACCUGCACGGCGAUGGUUUCGCCAUGUGGCUCACCAAGCAGCGCGCGACACAAGGCCCUGUCUUUGGGUCAACAGAUAACUUUGAGGGUCUUGGUAUCUUCUUCGACACAUACAAGAACAACCGCCCCGGCACCUCUUUCCCAUACGUCAUGGCUAUGAUGGGUGAUGGAAAGACCAGCUACGACCAAGCUCACGACGGCAAGGCCAACGAACUGGCCGGUUGCUCAGCCCGUGGUCUCCGCACCACCUCCGUUCCCACAAAGGCCCGCCUGACCUACUUCCAGGACAAAUCCCUAACCCUAGACCUCCAAUACAAGUCCGAAGGCACUUGGACAAACUGCUUCACCGUGACCGCCCCAGAAACCAACAUCGCCAUCCCCUCUGUCGCAUACCUCGGCUUCUCCGCCGAAACCGGCGAGCUGAGCGACAAUCACGACAUCAUCUCCGUCAAGGCGCAGAACCUCUACAACGUCGCGGGAGGUGGAAAGACGGCUCCACCCCGCCAGGCUGAGAGGCCCCGCCCUAAGCCCCGCAAGGAGUCUGGAGGCUGGUCGUGGUUCUUCAUCAAGGUGUUCAUUUUCAUUGUCGUCGUUGUGGGUGGAUAUGCUGGGUGGGUUGCGUAUAGGUCGAGGACUCGCUAUUCACGAUUUUGA